CGUAAAGUCAAGCAUUUUGCGACAGUUGAUGACGUCAUCAUCAAGGUCCUGUGUCAAUGGACAUACACGCGAUAUUAGGAUAUAUUUUAUAGUUGUAAUAAUUUCUUCCACUGUUUUUGUAAUACCUUUUUCAUAACUGAUGUAUCGUGGACACAUCCGUUUGAUAUAUGCUGGUUUUAAAACGGGAAGACUAAUGAAACAUCCAAAGCUAACCCCAACUAGCUGGGUGAUGCUAGCGUUAUUAUUCUUGUUUUAGUUCCUAACAUCCUUUGAUGAUCUGCUGACGUCAUCUGCAAGUUGGGCGUUUUAUUGUUCUGUGUGCCGUUGGGAAUAUUUUGUUUUUGUCGCCCUCGACGUAGAUAACGCGAUUGAUUACAAAUGUCCGCACAAAAGGACUGCGAGUUUUUGGUGAAAAGAGCUCGGGAGCUGGUUCCUGAUGACCCUUGUGCCGCUAAAGCCUGGCUCAUUACCGCCAGGACCCUCUACCCUGCCGACUUUAACAUCCAGUAUGAAAUGUACAUCAUUGAACGCAAUGCAGAAAAGACAUCUUGUGCAGGGAGACUGCUUUACGACAUGUUCUUAAAUUUUCCAGAUCAGCCCAUUGUGUGGCGCGAGAUCAGUGUCAUCACAGCUGCACUGCGGAGUGACUCCCAAGACAAACAUUCACAGUUUCUUCGAGGUCUUUUUGAAACACUGCCUGGUCGUAUACAAUGUGAGAUGUUGCUGAAAGCCACCGAGCAGUGCUUCAACACUUUGGAGAAGGCGGAGAUGCUGUUGCUGUUAUUAAAGCGCUUUCCAGAGUCCGUUGUCCAACAUGGGGUGAGUCUUGGCGAGACACUGUUGGAGGCAGAAGCAUCUGAGAAAGUGGAGUCGCCUGUCAACUGCUUCAGAAAACUUUUCGUGUGUGACGUCCUCCCUCUGCUGAUAAACAACAUGGAUAUGCGUCUGCCCGCCAGCCUGAUGCAGAAAUACAUUCUCAAAGCUGCUGAAUUCUACAUCGGCUAUGUCGCCCGAGGACCUUCACCGGAUGGACCGAUGAAUGUCUCUCAAGAAGGGGGUCCACUGAAGUCUCCCUCUGUCUCGCGGGGCUCUCAACGCUAUGUGAUUGACGGCUUGUCGGAGAAGUCAUCGGUGGUAGCUGAACCUUGGGAGAGGCUGUUGGACCUUCUUGCUGUUGUCGGAGCUCGAUGUGAAUGGCAGGGAGACAAAGGACAGAGGAGCUACACGGACUUGCUUCAGAGAGUAAAGGAGCUGUGUCGCUACUUACCCGGCCUUGAGGGGGACACCAGAGCCCGCUGCUGCAGUCAGGUGGUCAUCUGCGCCGCCCUGGUCCUCUUCCGCAACGCCUUCCUCUACGUCUCGGCCGUACAGCCAGCGCUGUUCCAGGGUGUGAAUACUCUAAACACGGGGCCGUGGAUUUUAGUGGAGGAUUUGAGCUCCGUGUACCAUGAUGUGGAUUUGGAGAGAGGAACCGUCAAACACGCGCAUAAGAAACGCAAAAUGGCAGAUGGCAGAGAGAAGACAAUGAGCUCCGAUGAUGAGGAAGGCCUCGGGAAGAUGCGUGGUCGACACAUCCUGGUGAACAAAACCGAGAUGCCCAGCUGGUCAGAGACUCUGGAGAGCUUUUACACAGCGAGAGAAAGCUGGGACCUCCUUCAUUCCCACGACAGCCUUGAAACUGAGUUCAAAAAGAUCUGUGCCACGUGGAAGACAGACAGCUGGCUUUGGUUACGAAUAUUCCUCACGGACAUAAUCAUAUACCAGGGACAGUACCGUAAGGCCCUGUCGAGCCUGCAGCAGAUGGCCGCCGUGCAGCAACUUCACCCAGGCCAGCAGAGCCCCUCGGGUCAGACCAGUCUGGAGCACCACAGGGCCCUCAUACAGCAAGCUUCCUGCCACUACGGACUGGGAGAAUACAGGAUGGCCUGUGAGAAGCUCCUCGAUGUUGUCAGUGGACUUGUAGCCCCGAACUACGAAUCAACAAAGCCCUCUGAAGAUCAGACAAGGGUCAAGACCAAAUCCAAGAAAAGUCAUGACCUGAGAUUGCUUCCAUGCACCAGUAAGGCUGUGUUACCUUUCUGCCUCCAGCUGAUGCUGUCCUGUUUUAAGCUGCGCGCCUUCACAGACAACAGGGACGACCUGUCGCUGGGUCACGUGGUGGUGCUCCUGCAGUACGACUGGCCUCAGGGCGAGAUGCUUUUUCUCAAGGCUGUGGACAAGAUCUGCCAGCAAGGAAGCUUCCAGUAUGAGAAUUUCUUCAAUUACGUCACCAACAUCGACAUGCUGGAGGAAUUUGCAUACCUGCGCACGCCAGACGGAGGGAGGAUCCAGCUGGAGCUGCUGCCCAACCAGGGGAUACUGAUUAAGAACCCUAGCCCCGCCCUGGGGGCGGAGUUAAACACCCUUCUGCUACAAGGGGUUCACACGAUGGACAGACACCACACCGUGACGAGGGGGAUCACUAAAGGAGUGAAGGAGGACUUCCGCCUGGCCAUGGAGAGGCAAGUGUCUCGUUGCGGAGAGAACCUGCUGAGCGUGCUGCACCGUUUUUGUAUCAACGAGAAAAUCAUCAUCGUCCAGUCUCUCCCUUGACGCCCUAAAGCCUUCUCAAACUGAGGUUGGACUGAUUCUUUGACCUCUCGUACCACAAGAGACACUGAAAACUUUUUUGUACAAAGGUGUAAUUGUCUUUUCUUUGCUCAUUCACAGCAUUUUAAAUGGUAUCACUACUGUGGGAUAUUUUGUAGCUAUCGAUAAAAGAACUUGAAUUUUGCUUACCUUUUGUGGGAAUGUUUUUAGGAAACGAUUUGACUUGACCUUUUAAAUGAGAAAUAUGGUAACUGCCACUGUUGGACACAAGGUGGCAGCAUUUAGUAAACCCAACCCAAUAAGUGUGGCGCAGUGCAGUGCUUCACUGCAAACUAAUAUCGCCUGGAGAAUGACAUUCAUUUCCAUUUGAAUUUUUAUUUCAUUAAUAAAUAGAAUCAUAAAAAUGAAUCAUAAUUUAAAAGGAUCAGAAAGAAAUAUACAUAGACAAAACCCAUAACCAGUGAAGUUGGCACAUUGUGUAAAUAGUAAAUAAAAACAAGAAUACAAUGAUUUGGAAAACCUUUUCAACUUAUAUUAAAUUGAAUGGACUGCAAAGACAAGAUAUUUAAGGUCCGAACUGAGAAACGUUUUUUUUUGUGUGUGCAAAUAAUAGAAUUUAAUUGCAGCAACACAUUGCAAAAAGUUGGAACGGGCAUUUUUACCACUGUGUUACAUGGCCUUUCCUUUUAACAAGACUUAGUAAAAGUUUGGGAACCUAGGAGACCAAUUUUUUAAGCUUUUCAGGUGAAAUUAUUUCCCAUUCUUGCUUGAUGUACAGCUUAAGUUGUUCAACUCCGUUGUGGUAUUUUACGCUUUACAAUGCGCCACACAUUUUCAAUGGGAGACAGGUCUGGACUACGGGCAGGCCAGUCUAGUACCUGCAGUCUUUUACUACAAAGCCACGCUGUUGUAACACGUGCAGAAUGUGGCUCGGCAUUGUCUUGCAUGAAAUAGUCGUUGCUUGGAUGGCAACAUAUGUUGUUCCAAAACCUGUAUGUACUUUUCAGCAUUAAUGGUGCCUUCACAGAUGUGUAAGUUACCCAUACCUUGGGCACUAUUACAUCACAAAUGCUGGCUUUUGAACUUUGCGCCUAGAACACACACGACGUCCACAGUUUCUAAAAACAAUUUGAAGUGUGGACUAUUCAGACCACAGAACACUUUUCCACUUUGCAUCAGUCCAUCUUAGAUGAUCUCGGGCCUAAAGAAGCCGGCGGCUUUUCUGGGUGUUGUUGAUAAAUGGCUUUCCCUUUGCACAGUAGAGCUUUAACUUGCACUUACAGAUGUAGCGACGGACUGUAGUUACUGACAUUUGUUUUCUGAAGUGUUCCUGAGCCCACGUGGUGAUACCCUUUACACACUGAUGUCACUUUUUGAUGUAGUAUCGCCUGGGGGAUUGAACUUUACGGGCAUUGCCGCUUGAACUUUACGGGCAUUGCCGCUUACGUGCAGUGAUUUCUCCAGAUUCUCUGAAUCUUUUGAGGAUAUUACGGACCGUAGAUGGUGAAAUCCCUAAAUUCCUUGCAAUAGCUUGUUGAGAAAUGUUGUUCUUAAACUAUCCGACAAUUUGCUCACGCAUUUGUUCACUAAGCGGUGACCCUCGCCCCAUCCUUGUUUGUUAAUGACUUAGCAUUUCAUGGGAGCUGCUUUUAUACCCAAUUAUGGCACCCACUAGUUUCCAAUUAGCCUGUUCACCUGUGGGAUGUUCCAAAUAAGUGUUUGCUGAGCAUUCAUCAACUUCCUCAGUCUUUUUUUGCCACUUGUGCCAGCUUUUUUUAAACAUGUUGUAGGCAUCAAAUUCCAAAUGAGGUAGUAUUUGCAAAAAAUAACCCAGUUUAGCAGUUUGAACGGUAAAUAUGUUGUCUUUGCAGUCUAUUCAAUUGAAUAUAGGUUGAAAAAGAUUUGCAAAUCAUUGUAUUCUGUUUUUAUUUGUGAUUUACACAACGUGCCAACUUCUCUGGUUUUGUAUAUCUGCUCCCCUAUACAAGUAGAGUAUUGGAAGAUUAUUAAAGCUAUAUUUCUAUUUUAUAACCUACAAUAAAGAUAUCAGCUUACUAAAAGUCGA